CUCUCUCUCUCUCUCACACACACACACACACACUCUACAGUCUACUCUGAGCAGUCACUUUUGUACUAUCCAGGCCUUCCUGUACAUUUCUUGUUGAUUUGGGAUGUGAUUGGCCUCUAAUGAUCGCCACCAACCACCCAGCCACCCAGGCCACACCUCACCAGCACCACCCUCGUCCUCCGCCUCCACACCCAAAAUCUUCCAUCCUCGCAUCAUCAGAGCUAGAUUAACCUCGCCCGGCUCCUCACACCCUCGAAAUGAUCCGCUCUCCGCGCCCCACAUUGCCCCCAAAUCCAACCUUUUCGGGCCCAAUCACCCUCCAAAUCCACCUUUUUCGUCACUCCAUCCUGUCCUAAAUCCCUUCCUCUCUCCCACCCCCAAAGUCCUACUUUUCCCACUGCGUCCCCUGCAGAAAUCGCAGAGAUUCUUCGUUCUUGGCCACUUUGUUUGCCCACUCAUUUGUUUGUUCCCUGCGAGAAUCAAGUCUAGCUCACCAAAUUCCCUGCAAAACCCCAGUUUUCGGCGAUUCUUUUCUUGGAAAAAUUCGUUUUAGCGCCCAAUUCUGCUCGGGUUUCCGGGGAGAUCCGCCAUUUCUGCUUGAGCCCGGGAGGGAGCUGGGCAACGCGGCGCCCAUGUCGGACUCCGACCAGGGCACGCUGGUGUUCGGGCUCCACCUCUGGGAGCUCGUCGGCAUCGGUGUCGGCGCCGCCUUCGUGCUCCUCCUCGUCCUCCUCUCCCUGGUGUGCCUCCUCGCCUCCCGCCGCCGCCGACGCCGGCGCGCCGUCCCGGCCACCCCCGUCCUCCACCUCCCCGUCGUCGUGCCCAAUGCCCAGUCCAAGCACCCCGCCAAGCCACCCAAGGACAUCCAGGAGGUGCCCUCCCGCGGCGCCGCGGCCCCCGCCGCCCCGGCCAAGGCGCCGCUCGCGCAGGUGCUCCAGGCGCCGCCGCCGGACUCCAUCCAGAUCGAGACCGGGAAGGAGCACCGCAUCACGUUCCCGGAGCAGCCGCCGCCGCCGCACCACCAGCGGAGCGGGGGGCCGUCGUCGCGGGGCGCCAGCGGCGAGAGCCGCGGCGGGGGCGGGGAGCCGGGGGUCCCGGAGGUGUCCCACCUGGGGUGGGGCCACUGGUACACGCUCAAGGAGCUGGAGGACGCCACGUGCAUGUUCGCCGACGAGAAGGUGAUCGGCGAGGGCGGCUACGGCAUCGUCUACCACGGCGUGCUCGAGGGCGGCGUGCAGGUCGCCGUCAAGAACCUGCUCAACAACAGGGGGCAGGCAGAGAGGGAAUUCAAGGUUGAGGUGGAAGCGAUUGGGCGAGUGCGGCACAAGAACCUGGUGCGGCUCUUAGGAUACUGUGCUGAAGGGAACCAAAGGAUGCUUGUGUAUGAGUAUGUAAAUAACGGAAACUUGGAGCAAUGGCUCCAUGGUGAUGUUGGUCCUGUGAGCCCUCUGACAUGGGAUAUCAGAAUGAAGAUUAUUCUGGGAACAGCAAAAGGCUUAAUGUAUUUGCACGAGGGACUUGAACCAAAGGUGGUUCACCGUGAUGUCAAGUCAAGCAAUAUUCUCCUUGACAAGCGUUGGAAUGCUAAACUUUCUGAUUUUGGGCUAGCAAAGCUUUUGGGUUCAGAGAGGAGUUACGUGACAACCAGGGUCAUGGGGACAUUUGGGUAUGUUGCUCCAGAAUAUGCAGGCACUGGCAUGUUGAAUGAAACUAGUGAUGUCUAUAGUUUUGGAAUCCUUAUCAUGGAAAUAAUAUCUGGCCGGGUUCCUGUUGAUUACAACAGGCCACCAGGGGAGGUUAAUCUUGUUGAAUGGCUGAAGACAAUGGUCAGCAACCGAAAUUCCGAAGGGGUUUUGGACCCGAAGAUGACUGAGAAGCCUACUUCUAGGGCAUUGAAGAAGGCUUUGUUAGUGGCUUUGCGGUGCGUAGAUCCUGAAGCUCGCAAGAGGCCAAAGAUUGGGCAUGUCAUUCACAUGCUUGAAGUUGAUGAUUUCCCCUACAGAGAUGAACGUCGCGGUGGCAAGGCUCCAACUCAAGCGAGAUCAGUGGAAACACCUGCAAGUGAUCCGGGCGAUAGCAGUGGGAACAACACGCCAAAAGACACACCGAAAGGAGGAGAGCCUUUCAAAUGGAGAACUCAGGAGACCUAGCUGUCAGGAAAAGCGGUGAUUGUUCCGAGUCCUCGUGCCCGACCGUAAGUCUGUACGCCGCGAGGCCACAAAAGGCUCAUUUGCUGUCUCGUCAGUUGAUCAGUUGGGCACACGAGCUCUGCAAGCACCAGUGGUGAUCGUCGUGACAGUAUCUGUACAUUGUCGGAUUAAUAUGUUAGGCAUAGUGAUUUUUUGGUUGUUUUGUUCCAGGGUCGUAUUUAUUCGAGAGAUGAUUUGUAUGGGUAAAGGCGUGUCUACUCUUGAGGUGAAAAAAAAUGAUUGAGCAUUGCUAUAGCUGAAAAACCGUUCCAGUAGGAUUGGCCAAUGACCUCCAAACCA